UGGAGAUAGAAAGAAGAGGGGUGUGUUUAGAAGGCUCCAAGAAGUAGUAGAGUUUAUGAGGUUAGGGUUUACAAGAACGCCGACUAAACCCCCAAGGCCACUCCUCAUCUCCUCCAUCGAUCCACAGCUCUAAAUUGCAGUCUCUCUCGCUCCUCUCUCCGUUGUUUUUAGUUCGCUGUUGAAACAAUCCGCCAAGAUGCAGAAUGAGGAGGGACAGAACAUGGAUCUCUACAUCCCUAGGAAGUGUUCUGCCACGAACAGGCUGAUCACUGCUAAGGAUCAUGCCUCUGUCCAGCUUAAUGUCGGACAUUUGGACGAGGCUGGCCGUUAUACCGGUCAAUUCUCCACUUUUGCGCUAUGUGGAUACAUCCGUGCCCAGGGCGAUGCUGACAGUGCUCUCGAUAGGCUCUGGCAAAAGAAAAAAGUUCAAGUCCGUCAGCAGUAAUAGUUGCUUCUAUUUUCUAUCCAGUACCCUUCGUUAGAGACGUGGUUUAAUCUAUUGUCUUUCUGUUUUUUAGUUCUAUGUCGAGGUUGACUAGAAAAUGAAUGAUGGAUUUAUGUUUUGGUGAACAUGUCUUUGAUGGUCGACUAAAUUUAUAUAUCAUUACCUUCUGAGCGACAA